AUGGCAAUGGCCAUCAGCGGACGAGCAGCCGCGCUCGUCGUCCCGAACACCGCGGCCACCACUCCGCUUCCCUCCACCGUCUCCGUGAACCAGAGCGCGGCCCGGCUGCGGACGAAGGCGACGAUGAAAGUUGCUACGGCGUCUCACGCGAGCGGCGGCGCGGUGCUGGAGCGGCCGCCGGCAUUCGACCAGUCCCAGCUCGACACGCUCCCCGUCACGCAGGAAGGAGGGGACCCCGGAAGGCUCAAGGAUGGGAGGCGCUCCGGGAGCGGCGACAGCUACAAGGUUUUGCUCGUGGACGACGUGCGCCACACCGAGAAGCACGUGGAGAAGGCCUUGCCGCAGGUGGUGCCCUCCAUAACCGCCGAAGCCGCACGGCAGCUGUUCCACGAGUCUCGGCUGAGAGGCGUCGCGACUGUUAUCGUUGCCGUCAAGGAGCACGCCGAGUUCUACGCACAGAUGAUGACCAAUGCAACUUGUGUCCGUGAGCGGGUGUUGAAGAUAUAG